GACCAUAUUGAGAGUGUUUAAAGUUCGUAGACUGUCAAGAAUAUCAGCAAAUACAACAUGUGGUUCUAUACUAAUAUGAUAUAUUAACCUUUGUUGUAGGUCAUGUGUCAAAAACAGAUCGCAAGUAUUUAACUAAAGGUAUGUACAGACUACUGUGCAGUUUGUUUCGUUUCAGUAUCGUGUCGAUGUAGUUAUGUUCCUAUAUAUAUAUAUAUUAUAUAAUAUACUGUACAUUUUGUACAAUAAACUCAUUUUGUUCCUAGCAAUAGCACAUAAAUUGAUAGGUUGUCCAUUGUUCAUUCAUUCUUCAUUCAGUAUAUACAAUAUAUGUAUUCAUGGUAUUACGUCGUCUAGACUAGUCGCGCAACUAUCAUCACUUUGCUUAACGCGCAACGAGCUGUAUUGUCCGUUCAUCAGGUACAUGAAAACGCUGAACGCCUGUUUAUUAUCUAGUACAUUCAUCACGGGACAAAUUUUGUAGAAAAUAUUAGCAAUAUAGAGGACGUAAUAGAAAUACUAUUUUUCUAUAUUUGCCCAGGAGGUUUAAUUUAAGCUGAUUCAAAAUAGAAAUAUUAUGCUUCUUUAAUAUGCCCAAGACUCAAUAGCCUGCGCGCAGACUAUAUCUGCGCGCAGGCUAAAGACUCAAUUACAGUUUGAAGCUGAUUCAAAAUAGAACUCUCGUCAUCUUUUCAUGUAUGCGAGCUAACUGCAACUUUCCAUUAACGAUUUAACGUUUCCUAAGUUUUGGUUCAAGUUAAAUGUAGCUAUGCGGGAAAUAUAGAAAGAAACGUUUUUCUAUAUUUUGAGGUAGUUAGUUAGUUCCUUUAGCCUUGAAUAUUGCAUGUUCAACGCGACCUAUACACUGGAGCAUUUGAGAUAUUGAACUCUUUCCCACGGCGCCAGAGCCCACAACCAAAUAAUAAAUAUAACAUUUUAUUUCAAAAAUCUAGUAAAAUGGUUUUGGUGAAGAUUUGGAUUGAUGUUGGACACAUACAUGUAGAUGUAGCCAUUAUAAUAACAGAGAAAGUAUUUUAAUUUGUUCAGCUAGAAAGGCUUCGUUUAUUAAAUUGGGAUAUGUAAACAUGCAUGCACACAACUUCACAAGAAUAUUUUGUUUAUUUUUAAAACGCCUCAUUAUCGUCAAAUAAAGCAAAAUCAUGAAUUGCAAACGCACAACAAUCAUCGGAUUAAAUGGAUUCGGAUCAAACUGAGAAUUUUAUUGGUCAGUUAAAAUAUAUACAAAACAAUUAUAUCAAUAGUUUUCUUGGCUUCAAUUUCCAAUUGACCGUCAUUGACAAUUACAUUGACCAUUGAGAAUUGUAGCUAUAACAAUGACAUUUUCCAAAGUUGAACUAAAUAACUUGUUUUAAUUAAUCUAGAUCGAAUAACAUUAGUUUCAUAUGAUAUGAGGUAUAUCAUUAUCAGUUGAGUUAAGAAAAUUUCGCUUUUCUGAACAAUGUUGAUAGCAACUUUGAGAAAAACAAGUGCAUGUUUUAUCAGUCUUCUAGCUGAAGUAUUUGCCAAAAAUAUGGCGGUUUAUCUGUAUGUUGCCUUGCACAAUUUUGAGAUAUAUCUCGAUAACGCUAGCAAACACACAAUUACUGCAAUUUAUCACUAUUAUCAGUGACAGUGUUCUUUGAGUGAGAAAUUACUAAAUGAAUCUAAAGAAAAUAAAACUGAACUGCACUUCAUCAAGACACUACGAUGAAGCCGGAAGCCAAAAUACACUUAAUAUUAUUAAUACUUUAAGUCUUUAUAUUAUUUAAUUUGCUGUAGACUAGUGUAUAGCCUGUAGGAGUUUGGGUUUUUCCUUUAGGCCUAUAUUGACUAUUGUGACUAUAACUACAAACCGCCCGUUUUCCUCAAUUUAAUUUUGGCGGCGUUAUAAUAUUAGGCCAUGUUUUGGCAUGUUAAUAAUAUAAAGUUGAUAUUGAUAUACAGUGGGCUUUAGAUAAAUCAAUAAAAAUCAUAGCAUGAGCCAAGAUUUGGCUUAGUAUUACUUUAUAACAAGAUUAUGCAUGACGUGCAUAUGAAUUCAAGACGAACACGCCUUGAAAAAGUUCCGUUGAAGCCAUCACGCACAUCGGAAAAACAUCCUAGAUGAAAUUGUUUUUUCCUGUUCGUAAUUACUGUCUAUACCCAAUCUAAGACUACGCAAUUAUAUUUGUUGUUGGUAUAUGUGGAAUAAUAAGAUAUUACAGACCAAUUACACCACUGACGAAUCGAAAACUAAUCCGAGUUAUGUACGUUUAAUUUUCGCAGUAAAAAAGGGGUUAAAUUCAUUUUAUUGUUAAGAAGAGUAAGGACAUGGAGUAUUAAAUAAUUCUAGAAACGGACCAUUGAUUGGAACGGAAGAGUGAGUGAAUGGCCUGUUUGAAUAACACCCGUAAAUAGAUGAGUUUAUGCCAAUGUUGUUGAAAUAACAUUCUUUACUGCUCUUUUUGCAAAUAUUUUAAAGUCUUUAUUUUUUAAAGAACAUGCAGAUUUUAAAUCUAGAUCAUAUUUCCAAAGAGAUUUGAAAAUUAAGCAGUUUAUAAACCAAAUAGUUCAAGGUUGUUUCAUGAUAUUUGGCCAACUUUGUGGCUUGUUUAACCGAUCCUAUAGAUUAUAAAAGUUGUUAUAUAGUUGAGUUCCUUGUGAGAACACUGAAAUACUGUCAAUGAGAUGGUCAUGAUAUUGAUAGCAUGCAUGCAGUCACUGCGUAGCAUGGAUGAAGGAAUACGAAGAAACAUCUUUCGGAAAUUCGGACUCUAUCAAGGAAUUUGUUUUCAAGUAAUUUUGAACCAACGGCAACGGCAUUUUAUGUUACAUUAAUCAUUAUGCGGUAUUGUUGUUUACUUGUUUUUGAUUACCGCGAGAUCAAAUCGCUUGCCGUGUUCUGUUCUGCUUGUAUAUAAAACUGAUAUAGAACUUCGUUUAUACACACUGUCACUGCGAAUUGCGUUUCAGUUAGAGUUUAGAACUUUUUUAUGAUAUGAAAGAUGAAAACAGAACUUUUUUUAGGAAAGAUAGAAGUAAUUUGACAAGAAGAUAAUUUCAACAUAGUUGUCAUUAUCACUUUUGCAAAACUUGGAUUUGGCCCGACAAAUGCUAGGAGUAAUCAUACCUUAUUAGUUUUUGGAAGAUAUUUUCGUGACUGAUGUCUAGUUUGUUGACAUUAUUGAAGCGUCAUAUUUGUUUUGGCCGGUUUUUUGACCAACAAAAAUGUUGGAUUGUUUGCACAUAGAUAACUCAUAAUCAUAAUAUUAUUUUCUGACAAUAAAAUGUAAAGCAUGCUAAAAUUAGUGUGCGACCCAAAUUGUUUUUAUCGGCAUCAAGAAAUGCAAACUAGCCUAUGGCGUCUGACUAAAACUGUUUGAUAAGUAAUGACGGAUGUUCUUUACAGAAUAGAGAGAUGCCGUUAAUUGUUCAGUUCGUUUACUCAUAGUUUACUCAAGUGGCGUUCUAGCGUUCCUAGCUGGGUUAAUAAAACGCGGAUACGGACGGACGGACAAAUUACUGGAUAAAUUAAAUAUGGAUAAAUUACUUACAAUUAAAAUUGGAUACAUUCACUUUCAAAACGCCAAUAAGUUCACUUGUUUCAAACGUAUGAUGUAAAAUUAUUUGACCUGCGUGGAUAUAGCUUAUAAAGGGCAGAAAAACGUUUUUGGACCAUCACUGUUAAAUGACAUUUAGCGAGAAUAUAAAUAAUUCGUCCGUCCGUCCGUAUACGCGUUUUAUCCUAACCCGUUGCUAGCUAGGAUCUCUGGAUGAAAGACAUGUGAUUAUGCGUUGCAUGUGAAUUUAGUAAAAGAAUUUCCGCUUUAAAUGCUAAGUUUUGGUAAUAAUAAUAUUUAUAUACAGGAUGAACACUAAAAACUGAAUACAUCGGGUACUCGACAUAUAUAUUUGCUGCAUGGCUACAGCCAAACGUCAUGAAAAAAACUUGCACGGUACUCGAUAGCCAGAUUCCCCACGCAUUUUACAAACAACGUACAAAGAAUUAUACCUCAAACUCUAUUCGAUUGCCAAAAAUCAUCACCUUCAUGAUUACGCGUGCCUUUCACUGAACCAGAUAGUAUUUUAGGUUCGUGGAGUUUUUCGCAAAAUUGAAAAAUAAUAAACAUACAACAAAUUGGCUUCAGAGAUAAGCUGCACGAGUUUGCAAUGCCUUUGGCAAUGGAAUCUUAUCUACACGAGCCAGAUAAUUUUGAAAAUACAUAGAUUCCCGUUAAGUUCCAUUCAUGAUUGACAUUCAUAAAGUAGUACAAAGUGCUGAUCAUCAGAUUUUAACUUGACUAAAAAUGUUAAAUGUAUGCUUUAUGCGUAUGUGAACUUUAGACAUGUUGCUUUCCUUCAUUAAAUUAGAGGCUUUUCACACAUGCAGUCAUUCACACAUGCGCAUGUGUAUAACGUUUGUAUUGGUGUUAUUACUUGAAGCAAAUUGUCUUAUGCAUCGUGUCUGGUAUGUGUUUCAUUUCCGGUAUCUCGUUUUCAGGAUUAACUCCUGAGGAGACAAUGUUAUCAACAUAGUUCAUCUGUUUUAGACGGCAAGGUCAUCUUUGUAUAGUAUAAUACUUUCCAAUAUAUAAUUCUACAUCAUAUCAAUUAAAAUUGUUAGUAAUGUCGAUCACUAACAGAUGAUCCUGCUAUAUGAGUGUCUGGGCACAUCCUGAAAAUAUAAUAGGUUCCGUAAACAAUACUGAACAUAUUAUACAAACACAGCCGGUCAUGAAGCAGAGAGAUCAGCGGGAAAAUAUCAUAUAACAUGCCAAACCCAUCAGGGUAUAAAUCCUGCAUGAACAAACUGCCAGGAUAUAUUUGAAUAUAAGCCCAGCAAAUGACUUUCAAAUAAGGGAUAACCGAAAAAAUACAUUUGCCUACAUAUAGGAAAUAAGUUAUAUUAUUUUAAUUUUGUUCUGUAUAAUUUGAAAGUCAUUUGUUGGGCUUGUAUAUAUUUAUCUUGAAAUUGCUUUUUCCCGGCUGGCAUGUCAAUCGGUACUAUUCGUAAAUUAGAAACGUACUCUUGGCUAGACCUUAGUUAUAAGGUGCACAAUACGUCAUAGCUGAUUAGCGCACUAUACAGUGUGUUGUGAUAUGUUGGAUCUGGAAAAAAUGAGUCAAUCUUCUUGCUCUUGGGUUAAGAUAUCUUCUUUUUCAUAUCAUUCUAUUUUAUAUUUGUAGAGUAGAUAAAAAAGAUCCUUAGAGUGUCCUCCAGAUGCUCCCAAACAAUAUCUGUUCGGGUACAACAACCACAUACAGCGCAAAAAUUAACCAUUUUAAUACAAAAUUAUCAUAAAGUUUUACAAAAUUUGCUUUGUUUAUAAAAGUUAUAUUAUGUAUAGAUUGCUAAUUUGUCCUCCAGAUGCAUUUGAGUCCCAGGUUCCUAUGCACAAUGGACCGUUUGGAAAAAGGCCAAGUUCAAUAGCCGUGUUUAGAGCCCAGGAAACUGGGACUCAGGAACAGUCCGUUGUUUAAAGGCCUAUAUCCUCAAAACUAUUGCACUUAUUAACUAACUUUUUACGCUCUUUUCAAAUCCAUAAAGAUCCCACAAGUGAUAUAGGCACUUUAAUAAUGUACAUAAUUAUUAAUAUUAAUUUUGAACCAACAUGCAUGUAUAUCUAUUUCUCAGUUCAAAUCUAAAGUGCUAGAAUAUUGUCAUUAUGCAACAUAACAUGUAUAUGAUGUGGAUAUUCCUGAGACUUUUAAAAGUGUAUGUAUAAAAUGUCAUUCUCUAGUCUUUUUAACAAAAUGAGUUGUUAAAUUUUUAUACCAAUUAUUCAUGCACCCUGCAUUGGAGAUAUAAACUCUGUGGGGAUUUACCUGUCCCUUAUAUCAAAGUUCGUAAAUAAAUAAAUCAUAAAAUAAAUUAUUUUAUCCAGGUGGGUUUUACCGUGGUUCCCGUCAUUACUGGCCACUUGACUACGAAACUCAGGUGCGAGAUGUAAGAUAUUCACGUGAUGGACGACAAAGAGGAACUGGUGUGUCUAUUACUGGCGAGGGGCGAGGAUAUUUAUCUAUUUCUGGCAAUGUUAGUUGGGUUAGGUUGGGAAAAUUCUUGCAAGAAUGUGUAUGCGAUGCACGUUACUGUAAGAAAAAUGGUAUCAGUGUUGGACUUUGGGUAAAAUUAUCGAAUGAUGAUAACGAGACAAAGAUAUUGCUUGGUAGUGACACUAGUGUAAUAUCAAACACCUCGGGGUUAGUGAUAUUUCAAACCACACGGGCUAUAAAUGGAACUCAAGAACGCUAUAUUUCUGCACUUGUAUUUAUGAAAAAUCGCAAAUGGAAGUGUAAUUUCCCGGUGCAACCUGGGUCAUGGUUUUAUUUGACAGUCACGUGGUCAAAUCGCUCUGGGCUGCGCAUGUUCAAGAAUGGUGUGUUAAUGAGUGAACAAAGUAAAUUCAAAAGAAAAGCUCGUGUAUUUCGAUAUGGUGACGAAAAAUGUGCAGUGACAUUAUCCCCGCCUACAGCUCAAGGAACUACACUGAAUGCUGAUUAUGAUGACUUGGUUAUAUGGUAUUAUGAGCUCAAUAAAACUUUCAUGUAUCAAGUGUACAGAAACUCAAUCGGUAAGAAUUUUUUAAACACUGCAGAAAGAAAUGAGAAAGGUCAAUGCUAGUAAAGAGCAUAUUUCAUACAGCUCAGCCAAUCAAUUGUGAUUGGCUUCCAAAUUAACACCUGUCAAAUAUUUUUUGACAAAUCGUUUGAUGUUUCACGUUAAUAGCUUGUUAUCUGUUAUCUGUUAUAUGUAAACGUGAAUAUUGUGAAAGGCUUGCUAGUUUGUUAGUAAGUUGUUGCUCACUGAAAAAAGUGAGCUGAUUUUAGUAAAAUUAUGCUCAUGCCUUCGUAUAUCAAUUAUCCAGACUUCCUACAUGCAGGCAGAUAUACUUUUCUAAGAUCUAAAACUCUUUGUUUGGUUGUUUUGUUCAAUUUGCUGCUUAUUGAUAUAUCUUUGUCCAAUACCAAGACGAUUUAACUCUUCUUUCAAUAUUAGUGAGCUUAAGCAAGCGACGUUUUUGUCAACACGGACGUCACCCGCAAAUUGGUACAACUCAUUUUGGCGCCAUUUUGCAUCAUCGCGCUCGUGUAAGGAAGCAAAAAACUUUGAAAAUCUUUUGUUUUGUCAUAUGUGUUGAAGAUUACCACAAACUAAUACAAACAUAGUUUUUAAUCCAGUCUCCCUUCGGCAAUUUGAUGUCCGUGUUGGCAAGCUUGCUAUCAUUAAAUGCAUGAGAGAUACGUCGACACAAGUACAUCGGACAACUUCACACGAUUCCGACCGACACGAUCAACUGGAAUUGAUACAUGUCUUCUAACCACGAUUUUUUUAACAGAUCUUCCCAAGAUUGUAGAUUGUAAAACAAACGGAACAUCUUUAGAUAUUGUUAUCGAAGAUAAAUAUCAAAUUUAUGAUGUGAAAAGAGAUUUCAAAAUAACUUGGUGGAGGAGCGGGGGAGAUCAAAGAGAGACACGUUUCGCAAAAGGUCUCAGUUUUAGUAUUCCUGGACUAGGUGAGUAAAAGGAAGAAAUACUUAUAACUAUUGCCUAUUUAAGAUAUAGAAAACAUUCCAUAGAGUUAAAUGCCCAUAGGAGUUGGUAUGGAGGGAACGAGAAAUAUUCAGUGGAAAACGACCCCGAAGGCCAGUUUUCCACAUUAUUUUGGAGCUUCUCCAUUUAAGCUAAGAAUUCCCUUUUUGUCUUGUGGUUUCUUAAUUUGGUUGUCAAAACUAAUAUUAUCAUACAUGUGAUGCUUGUGAUGUUACUCUGAGUGUAUAUCCACACCGGGCAAGCUGGCCACGGUGGGAAUCGAACCUACGACCUUUGGAAUAACAUCACAAGCAUCAUAUUCACCUGAGUGUAUUAUACCAACACAGAAAAAAUAUAUCAUUUCAACUACCGCGCGUGUUAAGGUUACUUCACAUGAUGAACAUGCGUUGUAGUCUAUUGAAAAUGGCGCAACGAAUUUUAGAUGUAUCUUUACCAAAUUUUUAGUGAAGAAAGCCAAUAAAAUGCUGAUUUCGAAAAUCUUCAUUUGAUGGGUGUUCUGUUUAAACAUGUCCAGUAUUGGCUGACUAAAGAGAUACAUAAGUAUCCCAUAAAAAAAAUCAAAAUAUAUUUAUAGUUUACCUCAACGUUUGUCUACAUAUAUCGAUUUGAAUCUUCAUAGGUACGGUAAAAAAAAAACGUGUGCGGAAAAUUUCUCUUCUUCAAUGGUUUUUCUGACAUGACGUUUUCUUUGAUAACUUCGUGAAUUAUCACGUGACAAAUCCAAGAAUCAGGGCAUAUCAGAAAAACCACUAAAGAAGAGAAAUUUUCCGCAUACGUUUUUUUUACCAUGCCUAUGAAGAUUUGAAUUGCGAUAUCUAGACAACCGUUGAGGUAAACUAUAAACAUAUUUUGAUUUUUUUAUGAAGGUACCUACAUAUUUACUCAGUCAGCCAAUACUGAAAAUGUUUAAACAGAACACCAAUCAAAUGAAAAUUUUCGAAAUUAGCAUUUUCCUGGCUUUCUUCACUGAAAAUUUGGUAAAGUUACACCUAAAAUUCGUUGAGCAAUGUCCAAUAGACUAAAAUGCACGUUCAUCGUGUGAAGUAACCUUAAAAUUGUUUUGUUUACGUUUCGAAAAUCACAAUCAAAAUCUGCGAGACUAGAGGAAAUUGUUGAAGAAUUUUAUUGAUGGAAAUUUUGAGUGUAUAUGUUAUGCAUUGAUUAGACCAGAUUCCGGUCCAGCGCUCUAACCAGCUGAGCUACAGAGGCCAGUUGUCGAGCUCUAUAAACCGCAAGUUCAUGUAUUAUUACUAAAGUGAUGCCAAUGCGAGGUAUAUUGAUAAAUAUCUGUUAUAGAAACACGUUUCUCGACCAAUAAACGCUUGCGUUACCAUGAAUGUUAUAUUAUAAAUAGUUGCAGAUACAUUUUGGAACUCAGGUAAUAUGUGUCCUGCCAUACAUGCACUAGAAAAUAAAAUACAUAUGUUUCCACCAUCACGUACAUUCACCAUAUGUACACAUGUACUAUCACGUACAUUACCAGCUUAGAGUAAUUAGAAGCAGGUGUUGGUCAAUCAGCAGUUAUAAAGAAAUUUAGUUCUAUAAUUAUAUGCUUCAACCAUAAUAUGUCGCGUGAAGAGGCUUUACACCUGAUAAAACUCAUCUUACAAAGAAUAAUAAUGAGACUAUUGUAGUCGUAAGCUUUUUAAAACACUUGUAGUCGUGUUUUAUCAAGUGUGUUAAAUAGUACUUAUUCCUAUAAAUGUCAACAUUCGUAAAGUUGAGCUCCAUCUCUUGCCUGGCUAGAAUUUUUUUUUUAAAACAGACCAAAAAAUACAAGUAGUAAUGCGUGAAAUACUGCUAACGCAAUCACUUUCUCUCUUCUACUGUUCUAGUUCAAGAUUCAGAAUACAUCGUAGAAAUCCAACGUAGAAUGUUUGUAUCUGCAUCGUCAAAGCAGACACUUGUGGCUGUGCUCUCGAAACCAUCAAAAUCUACAUGCAGUACUAAACCUUAUGGUAUGGUAUGGGUCAAGUCUUUGUUUUAAUGAUAUAUAUGUAUUAUUGAUUUAUGAUUAGCAAUAAUGUCAUUUAUUAUGAAUUUGCAGCACUAGACACGUGCUUGUGGUAGCAUAGUCAAAGGAGAUAGCUACAUGAUGCAACUAAUUAUCUCCUUUGCUGAACAUUGUACAAAGAUUCCUACACUGUAAUCCCACGUUUCUGAUACCAUCCAUGUUUAUCGUCAAGGUGAAUGAGAAGAGAAACAAAGCUAUUUUCUUAUUAAUAAGGGCCUUCGCUUCAGGUAGUUGAAUCCCUAUAUCCAUCUACAGUUCUCUGAGAAAGAAAGGAAGUAUCUCAUCGAAAGGGUUGGGUGCUAAUUUUUUUCACCCUCAGAUUGGUUUUUCUUUUGUAUUAACCCCAGGUAUAAAUGCAGUCAAGUACCCCAACCCACUGUAAUACAUCUUUCAAAACAUAACGGUAAACUGAAAAGGGUGUUAUCGCUUUCUUAAUCCUAGUUAACUGGUGAGAAGUUGAUAACUUUUUUUCAAGAUUUACAAUAGAGACCAAAUGAAUAAGGUUGUUAUACGUACGUGUUCUUUACUUAGCGGCAACCAGAGGUAACGAGAGUGCAUAUGCCAGUCCAGGACUGAUGCUUUCGCGGGGAGGGUGGGGGGGGGGGUAGUUGAAAGUUCGCUCGAACUUUUAUGGAUGGUUGUAAUGAAAUAACCUGAAUUUAACAUUGAUACAGUAUAUUCUAAUAAAUCUGUCCAAAUUUUCUUGUUUUUUCCUAGCAUUUGCCCGAAUUUCCAUAUUUUUUAUGUGGUUUAUGCGCCUAUGCCAGAGCGCACAAACUACACGUCCACUUAUAUUUCCAAUUUAGUACCAACCAGACCAAAGAAGUUCAAAGUACGAGAAAAAGCUGGGGAAUAUUUGAUGCUACAAUGGCAAUCUCCAGAUAUUAUAUAUGGUUCAAUACUAGGUUAUAAGGUGAGCGAAGCGCCAAAGCAUGCAUAAUCAAGCAAGACAGUAUCCCGGUCAAACGAGGAUGAGAGUUGAUGAGGUUUGGCAAUUGCGCAUUGUUAUGGGGACAUUUUAAGCUGAGAGUAGGAUGUUCGUCAUGUUCCAACUAUGUUUUAACUUCAAUAGAAUACAAUGAUAUUAAGAACAGGGCGCCCAAGGGCUGCGGAGCCGGUGGCAAUGGGGGCAUGUGGCCCACACUUUUUCAAAAGUGAAAAAAAGUCCUCUUUUCACGCCCUCUUUUGCUGAGAAGAAAGUGCCCUUUUUGCAGUAUUAAAGACUCUGUAACGGCCAUUUCCGACGUUAUAUUGACUCCAUAUUUUCAAAACUUUUCGUUCGGCUCGUGAACGACAUAAAAUCGUUUGAUUUUGGUCAUAUACAAAAGUGCCCAUUUUGGCCAAUGCCCCUUCACUUUCGAAAUGUCACGUGACUGCCAACUUUCAUUAUCUCUCAUCCUCGUUUGGUCUGGGCUAAAGUAAUGCAUGUAUUUGAAAACAACGUCCCAUUUUCUACAUGGUGUACUGAAGAAGACAACAAAAGAAGAAAAUAUUUACAACAAUACACCGAUCUACCUUUUGCUUACUUUGAAUUUCUACGAAAAUGAUGUGGUUAAAUUGCAGAAAUGUAUCCAUCUGCAAAAUGGAGGUCUAGCUAUGUUUAAGCAAAGUGUAAAUGUUAAAUACUGAACUCAGCAUUUGAAAAUAACAUUUCGUAUGAAAAAGUAAAUCCUUAAAGAGCCUUUUUCGUGAUAUUCACUAUUAUUUGCGGAGCAGUAGGGUCUACUGGCAGCGGAAAUAUUUUUGUCCUUGGUCAACCUCUUAUGAAAAACUAGUUUCAUAUUAAUUUUGACACUGCAGAGCAUAACGAAGAAUUCAUUGUCUCGAGCGGCAUUCGAAAUCGAGCGGGAUCAGAAUUUAAAGCGUUAGGUCGUUGCAAAAAUAUUUUGUGCACUUAAAUUGGGUAAGACGCCCAAUCCCCGUUGACUCGAUAGCUGAAUGGGUAGAACGGCGGUCUAGAAACCCGAAGAUGCGACUUCGAAUCUCGCUCGAGACGACGAAUUUUUCGUUGAACGCCGCAGUGUUAGAACAAUAUUCAUAUCUCUACCAAAUUAUUAUUAUUUCUAUAAUCUUUUAUUGUUUAGAUUUCCUACCGCGUUGAUGACUUCAAAACCCCCGUGGAAUGGAAAGACACAUUCAGAACAAAUGUAAAAACAGCGCAUUUGAACAAUCUUAAACCUUUUACGGAUUAUAUUAUAAAACUUUCAUGCCGGAAUGAAAAUGGGAGCAGCAAGGCAAUUACACUUCGAGCCACUACUGCAGAAGGAGGUAUGACCAUUAAGUAUAAGUUGUUAGAAGAAUAGAUUUUGUUGUUCUCACGCUUUUCGCCUCAAAAAGAGCUACCUUUGAUUUGCCCAACGAUUUGUUGAAACUAUAUUCAUUGCUGGCAGCAGGGUCAUGUAGCUAGGAUUUCAAAUUUUAGGUGUGUUUCUAAAUUUUUAGAGUGUGUUUCUUCAAUUACUCAGAAUAGUCUUUAAUGCCGCCGACAUGUGCUCAUACAUUUAACAACGCCGACAUACGCUCAUACUUGGCAUGUUUAUAAAGACAGCGUUUGGGUAAUUUAAAGUCUAUACUUCUACACACAUACGGUUGGGAUCACGUGUACAUCGAUUAGUUUAGCAAUUUCCACAUAUUAGAUUUUACAAACUUUCUUAACGACAUAAAUAGCAGCAAAUUCCAUCUGUUCUAAAUAGCAAUCCACACGGCUUUAUAUAGAUAAUCAAACCGUAUUCGCCGUAUUUUUUCAGUUUUAGCCGCAGUAAUACGACCAACACGGCUUUCUAUAGCUAAUUAAGACCCUGCCUGGCAGCAUUCAUGCAGUAUAUAUCUCUGACUUCUCCUAAUGUUCAUUUUUCCUUUCCCUUUUUUCUAGUUCCCACUCGCCCACGAAGAUUUAAAGUGAAAUUGAAGGGAGAGGCGGUUGUGAUAAAAUGGCGGGAACCAGAAAAAUUGAAUGGACUGGUACAUUAUAGGUUGUUUGCCCUGGUUAAUGGUACUAAGAGAACAAUAUGUAGUGCUUGUGGUGAAUGGUAUAAAUUGGAGGACGUUGAACAAUACACAAACUAUACGUUCUGGGUGAUUGCGUAUAAUACCAAUAAUGAUCCUCGUUAUGAAAGUGGACCAUCGGAAAAUGCCACGAUCAUUACGCCUUCAUAUAGUAAGUAUUAGAUCGCUUUAUUCUCGAUAACAACUACAUUGUACUGCUGUGGGAAUACACGAUGCAUUAUGUGUGCAUCAAUCGGGUUAUCUUUUCGUGUCAACAUCGCCAGGUUAUUGGUAGUGACAAUAACAAAGUGAAAAAUCUUGCUCUUGUGAGAAAUGAAUUCGACGUAAACACGUGAGUGGCGUGAAUACUAAUUCGGCUUUGCUAUUUACAUCCGGGCAUACAAUUAAAAAUGCGAAGUUAUAUUAAGUUGUUGUUAUGCAGCUAUAGCCUAGAGCACCACUGAUCGUAAAAAUCUUGUACACCAACAAGAAUGGAAGAUAAUAAUAUAACGUAUUUUCUUUCUAUAAUUUAUUUGGAAGUUUUGAUUUGGUCUAGGAACACUUUCGCGGGUUCUGAGUCUCUAUCCGGCUUGCAGUGAUGAGGGAAUGGAGGUGUGUCGCUCUCAACCUUCCACUUCAAGACCAAUUUUACGGUGAUUCCCAAUCUUCUGAAAAGAAACUAUUGCAAAAGUGCAAAGCAAAUUAAAUAUUCGUGGAACCCCACCCCGUUUCCUUCCCACCCCACUCAGUUGAUACUGGACUGGCCACUACUUGUGAACUUUAAGUUUUUCUUGGCAGAUAUAUAUUUUCGCUUUAUUUCUCAUACAAAAUUAGCAGUACAAGUUGUCCAAUGUUUGGUGCAUUGUAUCAUUAAAGGUAGUUAAGUAACAAAAAUAAGGAGUUUAACUUUAACAUUCGCAUAUUAGGAUAGAUUCUCAAGCCGAUUUAUUUCUUCUCAAUUAGCUCCCACUUCUCCCAGAAAUCUCACUGUCAGUUUUACACAAAGUGGUAUCAAUGUUCUAUGGGAAAGGUCGAGUGAUCCGAGAGGAAGAAUAGAGUACAAGUUACUUGGUUUUGUCAAUGCCAGUAAACGAAUAUUUUGUGAUGAAUGUGGUCUACAUUAUUUGAUGGAAGAUGUUGGAAGAUAUACUGUAUAUACAUUCUGGGUUGUGGCAUAUAACGUUCAUAAAGGUUAUGAAAGUCAAUCGACUGACAAAGUUACGAUUGAUACUGCAUCUUAUGGUAAGUGUGAUUUUAUAACGUCUCUUAUAAAAUAGUAAAAUACCGUCCAUUUCCAACGAUUGUUAUAAACAUGACAUAGUGUAUGCUCUUGUUUAACCUUCAUGUUUGCCUAAAUUACCGCAAAUUCUCUACUAAGCCGCUCCCUUAAGUAAUACGCCCUCGCUUUUAUAAUUAGCGAACCAAGUCCCUUUCUCCCAGCGAGGAUAUAUCUAUUGUAUAUACUGAUUUUAUUAGCACGUAUGCCACGGAAGCCGUAAUCCCGUAAUCUAUUACGAUUUUUUCUUUUGAACGUUUCGGCUAACUAAUACAGUGACUGCAUGUAAGUUCAAACCCCUCUGCAAUAAGUCAUCUCGUAGUAAAGAUGUAAAUAGUAAAGCUCUGUGUUUGUUUUUACUGAGUAAGUUAUUAUUUGAUUGGAUGGUUAUGACAGCAGUGUGCACAGAAAUGAUUUCGCAUGUGAGAAUUUUUCACAAUCGCUGUUACGGGAAUAUCAAUAACUAUCAUUCUGUUCCUACUUUUAGUACCCACAAUCCCCGGCGAAUUAAGAGUCAACGUAAUAUUAGAAGGUAUUUUGAUAUCGUGGAAUAAGUCACAUGUACCACAUGGCAGUAUACGCUAUCAACUCAUGGGGCUGGAAAAUGGCUUGAAGAGAGAGUUUUGUUCCGAUUGUGGAUUGAGAUACUUGAUAAAUAAAACUAAACCAAACAUGAAUUAUUCUUUUUGGGUUGUUGCCCACAAUAUUCAAAAUGGUUAUGAAAGUCUACCAAGUUCUGUUGUUCGUUUCUACACCGUUCGUAUUAGUAAGUACUUCAUUCAUUGCUCAGAAAGAAGAAUCUAUGGGUGGCACAGUAGUUAAUGCUCUACACCUCUGGGGUUUGAAUUAUUGCUCCAUUUAACAAUUGCCUUUUUGCCCAAAACAAUGAUGUUGCUUCGCUCUUCAAGGACCACGAUGUUCUUCAGUGACUCUGACUCUAUUAUAAGGACAGCCAACAACUGAAAUUCUAAGAAGAAUAGUACAGAACUGACAGAGUCGAGAAAGGUUAAUUUAGUUUAACUUAACACAAACUAAAGGUUAAUUUAGUCUGUAUUAAGUUGUAAUGAGAUAGUACUAUGCAAUUUUGACGAAGGGCCUUCGCUCGAAACGUCGAGUUUCUGCUUGAGGUAGUAAUAUAACUACUCAGCACAGCAAUUUUAGUCAAUGCCCUACUGUCUGUACUGUUGUUCCGAAUGUAUAUCAGUGUUAUAUACAGUAACUUGUUCUGACAAGUCUUUUGUUGUGUGUAUCACAUCAUUACUAAGUUGAGUCCAUAACCUGAUAAAUUGCGAGAUAUAUCACAUGUCUUCAUAGAAAGUCUUACAAAUUUGAUAUUGCAUGUUAUAAGGUUUAUAAACCAAGUAAAUUGUUCUCUACUCAUUUGCAGAACCGUCACCCCCUGAACAUAUCCUGGCGCCAGAUGUUAGUGACUCAAGUGCUAAAAUAGCGUGGACUCCUCCUGGAAAGUUGAGCGAAAAAGAAGAGAUCAUUGGUUAUAAAGUUACGCUAUAUGAUGCUUUCAGUGUACUUCAAAUCAAGAAAACGCGAAGUCUUCAACUUAAAUUUACUAAUUUGACUCAAUUCUCCAAGUAUUACGUGACAGUAGAAGUGUUAUCUAGGGUUGGAUAUGGGCCACCUUCUCAACAGCUCAUCAUACACACUAAAGGUUUGUUUAAACAACAUUUCAACUUACAUACAUUGAUUGGUUUACAAAUAAAAUAACUAUUCUGUGACGUAUUCAAUUGAUCGAUCAACUAAUAUGACAACCCUCCAAUUAUCCCAUUAAGUCAAUCAAGUACUCAAUCAAUAUAUACAGUCAUUCAAAAGAUAUUUAACGACCAGCAGUUCUACAAAGGCGUGCAGUUAAAUCGCAUACAUGUCUCACUGAGUAGAUACAUUGAGAUUCUUUUAGAAGGCAGUUAUUGAUACAAAACCUGGUUUCUAUUCGAUCGUAGCUAUCGUGGCCAAAUGUGUGAAAUAAUCUUGAUCUUUCUUGAAUUUGGUUGCUGUAUGCGAAUAAGUCUUAUUGACAUCGUGACUAUUCUCCCUCCUCCGCAGAGGCUACGCUCCUUUGCCCAGCGGCUCCGAUCGUGUUCCAAGAUCCGCCAUGUAAAGUGUAGUGAAAUGUAUCUCAAUACUAAUUGUAAUCAUAGCCAACAGAAGCUUCUGCGGAGAAGAGUGGUGACUGUUGGUAUAGUAGAAGCCAAGCUGUUUGAGCACCUUUCUUGAACUUUAGCAAGCCAUAUAAAUCUGAACGCGUAAUAAAAUCAAUAUGUUUUCAAUACCCUAAAGUGACUUGUUUUAUGUCCAUCUACAGACGCAAAUGAGUGUGCUAUGAAUGACGUACCAUGCGGCGAACAUGCGCAAUGCAUCAACUCCGCUGGCUCGUAUUUUUGUUCCUGUGCAUCUGGGUAUGUUGGAGAUGGAAUCUUUUGUCAAGGUAAGGAUAUUUUUAUUCGAGUUCUGUUCACAUGGAAGCGGGUGAAUUUGCAACCGCACACAAAUUUGAACUAUUUCACCUCCGCACGAAUUCGCCUGCGCACGAAAUCACUAAUUCCAAAUUCGUUCGUUCUCGUGUGUGUUGAUGUAAUGGGACAUGCUUAUAACGUCAUCUUGCUAAAACAUCAACAAACGAGUUAUUCGUGAAAAGGAAACAUAAAAUUAUGAAAAAUUAAUUCACGUAUUAGUUUUCAGAUAAAUAUUUGAAUCAGGGUCGUAACUUGGGUCUAUACAUUAGGAGAAUUAGAAAACGACUUGUAUUGGAUUAGCAAUGGUUAGAACGUAUUUUGCCCGAUGUAAUUUCUUGAAUAUUUGGUAAACUUGGCCAACAAUAUUGCCUUUCUCAAACAUUGAGAGGGGGGGGGGGGGUCACCACCACCCAUGCACCCAUUAUGAAUAAUGAAUAGUUUUCUAAACUUGUGGGUUCACCAUAUAUCGCAGUAUUUAAUGAUCUGAGAUUUAUUGACACUGAUCAUGCUAUCUAAUCUUAAUAGCAAUAAUAUAAUGUUUCAUUACGUAAUGUUUCAUUACAUGUUAUUUUCAAUCUUUGUAUUUUUCAAAACCAGGUUUGCCCUCCGGAGUAAAAGAAGCAGAUUUCUGUCCUGAGGAAUCGGCAAGAAAUACAACUUGGAAGAAAACUUAUCGUGGACAUACAGAUAAAAAACUUUGUCCUAAUGGAACAAUAGGUAAAAUGCUAUUAUAUGUCGCUUCCUGGCAAACAGAAUGCUUCACAUCCAUCAGUAAUCUGGCUUAAGUUAAUUCUCUCAAGAACUGAAGGCCACUCCUUGUCAGUGCAAUACUACUGGGGGAAGGAAAUGAAGUACCUGGAGAAAAGCUACAUUUUUUGGUCAGGUCAAACUAGAAGCACCAUUUCGCUGCAUGUGUCGGAGACACCAGUAUAUUGCAGGAAUUGAGCCAAAUUCCCACUCGAUAAGUGUCAUAUUAUCGGCUAGUUAGUUAUAUGAGUUCAUGAUAACCAGAUUACAGAUACAGUAAAAAACUUGUUGUAAACUAUCUUUUCCAGGCAUUUCAACACGGGAAUGUUUGAAAGGAAAUGGCAGCAGGUCAUACUGGUCAGAUCCUAACUUGAGUAAUUGUGUUUCUGCUUGGAUGUCAGAAGUAGAUGAUAAGGUAUAGUACAGCUUAGCAACGAAAAUUGCGCUUUUGUUCAAGUCCAAGCACAGUGACGUUCUAGUUUUGUAUAUCCAAGCACAGUGACGUUCUAGUUUUGUGCGCAACAUAUGUAGAAUAAUUAUUUUGGACUUUAACAGAGCUGACUUGGAACUUUUGUGCAUAAUAUGCUCGUAGCGUUUCGUGUGAUGUGCGAUUAGAUGAAUGUAUCGUGUUAUCUAUAUCAGACGAUAAAACUUAUAUUCGUGCACAGUGGAAUAUUUCAUUGUGAUGGAUGUCAUUGUAUCUUUCAAUUUUUUUCUAUAGCUUGCAGAUCGAACAUUAAAUUCAACUGCUGUUGGAGAUUUCUUCCUGAAGUUACUCGACAACAAUGACGGUAGAGGUUUAUAUGGAGGAGAUAUUAUAAAGUCGGUGAAUGUGAUUGACCUUUUGUACAACAAAAGUAAAGAUAAUGAACUUGAUAAAGAAAAAUCCAAUCCCAAAGUUGCUGAAACUUUACUUAUGGUAAGUUUAUUAAUGCUAAUCAUUUAAUUAAAUAGCUAAACCACCAUGAAAACUAUACACUCAUUGGUUUUAUACUCCUUAUAUUAUAUUUUUAGAACUUGAUCAAUAUAACGGAAAAGAUUAUUUCACCUGAGAAAUUGAAAGUUUGGACUGACAUACCGAAGGUGGGUUUCAUCAACCAUUUCACUGAACUAAACAUCAUAAUUACUGUGACGUCCCAUGGUGAAUAGUACUGAAUUGUUAUUUCAAGACAUCCAUUUUAGGUAGCUGGUAGCGGAAGAUAAGCGAAAGUAAAAAGUAUUCAUGAAUUUCUUCUCUUCAAAUAUAUUCGUGAAUUGUUUUCAUGAGAUAGAUAUUGGUCCCAGAACCUUUCGAGUUAAAUAGACUGCCAUUUAGCUAUAAAAAUGGAUAUAAUGUAUGUAUAUUUUAUUGUUAGUGUAGAAAACAGUUAAGAGUUUAUUUUUAAUGUUAUUUUAUUCAGGGGCGAAGAACUGAGCACAGUGUUAAAAUAAUGGAUGGUUUAGAUAACGCUGUUUUGAAAUCAGCAAAGAUUGUUAAAUUUUCUUCCAUUCAGAAUGAACACAUCAGUAAGUGUUCAAUUUUAAUCAUUUACAUGGCUUUACGUGAUUUUCUCUCCUUUUGUGAUAUUUUUACUGUUAGACCAAAGAAGAAAAAAUUUGGAGGUUUUGUUCUCAAGCACUGUGUGGUGCUCAGGAAUUUUCUCUGAACUUUGAUUACUAUACUAGCAAAAGAAACAAAGGAUUACUACUAAAUCAAGCUCUUCAAACAAAAUAAUAUAGCAACAAAUAAAAUAGAAGAAUGUACCAAAAAUAUGGGAGAUCUGUAACGUUGCGGCAACAUAACACGAUGCUGCAUUAAAAAUACAUAAAAAACAUUUGUUGUAAUUUGUUGUAACAGACGUUCGAUAUGGAAAAGUAUCAAGCUUUAAACUGAGAAACAACAUGUCGUCUUUGGAAAGAGACCUGGAUGAUAUGGAAAGUAUCAAAUUACCACAGCGAGAGAAAGACAAGGAUAUUGAAGGUCAUUAUUUUAAGGCAUUGUUAACAUGGCUCAGGAUACUAGAUAAUUCUGAUCUUACAUCAUACUCUGCUUAUGGUGUUGCUGGCACAGUGGUUAAUGCUCUUCACCUCGGCGUCUAGGGUUCGACUCCCACAGUAUGCAGUUAUCAAAUUAUAUAAAAUUUUACAUUUUGCCUGAAUCCCAUGUAAAUGACCAGGGAUAUUGCUAUAAAUAGACCUUAUGCAUAAUGACAUCACAAAGCUUGGAAUGUUGGUCUUAGUAGUCAUCGCCUGGGAGAAUUUCUAUAGUGGCCAUUUUGAAGUGUUUAAUUUUCCCUGGCGAGGACUAUUAAGACCAACAUUCCUCGUGGGCAUCAAGCCUUGUGACGUCAUUAUGCAUAAGGUCUAUUGAUACUUCAUUUCGAUCUUGCAUAUCAUGCGAUAUUUAUUCUUGAUUUUCAUUUCACUUUUUAAUUAUUAUUUGCAUUAGAUCGAGUUGUGGCAAUCAUCAAGUACAACACUAUUGCUGAGGUUUUGUCUGCUGGAGGUAAAGAAUCAAAGUGAGUUUUUUAUUUCACUUUAAACUGUCUGUGCCAGUGUAUAGGUAGAGUCAAUAAUAUCGAAAAUUCGGUUAAUAGGGAUGCAACCACCAGAACAAUAGGGAGAACUUCUUGCGAAAGCCCUUCGUUGGAAAGUUAAUUUGUGGUUACUAUAGAAACGUUUUUCAGGUAGUUGCAUCCUUUAAUUUUACUUUCUUGCAAUAGAUGAUAACGAAUGUCUAUUAACAUAUUUUAGUGAUGAAGGUGUUGUCAAUUCCGCUGUUCUCUCUAUCUCGAUGAACCCACCGUUAUCUACACCAUUUCAAAAACCACUGGAAUUUAAAUUAAGUAAUCAGAAGGUUGGUUGACAUACCUAUGCGAAGAUUUAUCGCAACAAUAUUUUUUUAUAAACAUUGCCAUAUUUAAAUUUGAAUUGAUGAAGAUCAAUUAAUAGACUGUUCUGUAGCCUCAAUUAGGUGCAUAUCAGUAUUCAUUAUUAUAAUUGUUUUAAACAGUUUUUUUUCCUCUAGGAUGGAAAAUUUGACGAGCACGAAUGUGUAUUUCUCGACACUUCCAGGUAUUUGUCUAUCUGAAGUAAUUAGCAAUCAUGACAUUUAUCAUUAGUCAAUCUAACAAAAUGUCAAUAUAUCACAGAACCACACGAAAUAUAUUAUUUUGGGUCAGCUAUCACAGCACAUUAACCUGCAUAACUUCCACUGUGCACGUUGCUAAGUAACGUUUUGGCUUCAUACAUGUAAAAUAAUGCUAUCAUUUUGGUUGAAAUUGAAAGGUAUCCUGGAUUCUGGUCAAAAAAUGGCUGUAACGUUUUUAAUGUCACAGAUAACUUUACUGUUUGUCAUUGUAAUCAUAUGACAAGCUUCUCAGUUCUCAUGCAAGUCAAACCAGCGGAAUUAUCGGUAAGUCAGCCUGUGUUAUUUGAGUUUAAAAGAUCCUGAAUAAUUAAUGACCAAUUUAUUAAGGUGGAAAGGAUAAAGAAUAAUAAAUACAAAAGAUAAUUAGAAAAUCAUGAAUUAAAUACAAAAAUAAUAAGAAUAGACGAAAAGUGUUUAACAAUAUAACAUCGAAAGAAAAAUCAACAUUGCACACACAUUGUAUUUCGUGACAAAAACUCUAUAGUGUAAACGAGUUGAAAAUUGAAGGAACCUACUUAAUUAAACGGUUUCCGCAGCAUACCCCGUUGCCUGUUAGUUAUUUUUCUUCCCUUUCACAUUCUUUACUUUAACACAAACGUGGAAAGUAGUUUAUAAACUUGCGAGUUAUGCCGCCAUUAUGCCGGGACGAGCAACAAUUUGUCACUUGUUGCCCGGCGGGAUACAUUUCAUUUAUCUAAAGCCAUGUGACCACAAAUCAGCCAAUCACAUUUGGUGUUCACCCUAGCUAUGUAACAAUGGGAAUUAUUGCUAAAAACCAUCGGGUGCAUGUAAUAAUUAACUAUCGCUCGUAUUGUAAAAGCACACUCAAUGAGUGGAAGUUCAAUCUGUGCUUCUCUCGAGUGUCAAUGCUGUUUUUGAAUAGCCGGAGGGCUAGUGUCAUACUCCUUACUAUGUGACUACUCACUCUCCAGCUGUUCAGAAACAGCAUUGACGCUCAAGGGAAGCUCAGAUUGAACCUCCACUCAUUGAAUGUAAGUGUGAGUGAGCUUUUAGAAUACAGGCAUAUUUGUAAAAACACACAAGUUAACAAACACCUGCAUGAGUUUUAUUAGGUCUUGUUAUGAUUACUUAACAAAUAUAUUUACACUCUUCAGUAUUCAGAUGAGUUGAUUCUUAGCUGGAUUACUCGUGUUGGUUUAUAUAUUUCCUUGAUCUCUCUUGGACUGGCAUUUAUCACCUUCGUGUUCCUACCGUGAGUGAACUACUGUGUAAUUUGUAUUUGCAGUUUUAUACAUAACUUGUAUUUUGAAAUAUUUUAACAAGUUCUGUGUAUUUGUUGUUCCAGGAGGCCAUGUGGUUCUAAAUCUGGUUCGCGAUGUUUCAAGUUGUGCGAGCAAGGCUACCGGCCAACGUAAGUAUUAUAUUCUUGUCUCUUGAACGGACUGUGCCGCCAGUGUCGGUAAUGCCGAUAAUAUUGGUAGGGAUCGAUAUGGAUACAACUACCUGAAAAAAUACAAGGAGAAUGUCGGUGUUUCGAGCCCUUCAGGCUACUAACUUCCCGACAAAGGGUAUUCGUUCGAAACGUCGAAGUUCUCCUCGUAUUUUUCAGGUAGUUGCAUCCCUAUCAAUCCGAAUAUUUCUCAACGCACGUAUUGCAGUAGUCUGAUGAAAUGCAUUAAGUUGUCGGCGUGCAUCUGCUAAUUAGUAUUUGGACUUCUUUACCAAAAACGUCUAACAUAACUAUGCUGAUUAAUUUAGAAUUUUACUCAUAAAAAAUAAAGAAACACGAACAUUAUACGACUCGUGCCGCGGUCAUAGGCCUAGUACGAGUAAUUAUACAUUCCGUGAUAGGAGGAUUUUGCUUUCUCAAUUGUGUAAUUUUAAUCGCCGUCUUGUUGGAGUAAAAUUAAGUAAUUUCUUUUGUUUAAUAUUUUCUUAGUUAUUUAAAGAAAGUUCGAUCAGGUAUUCAUGCGAAUUUGAUAUUAUCCUUGGCUCUUGCGGAGGCACUGUUCUUAUGGGGUAUUGAAAAGACACACCACAAGGUGAAUAUUAAAAUAUUUUAUAACCUUGCUUUUGUAUACAGAAGAUUUGUAAGACGUGACUAUCGUGUUCCAGGACGCUGUUCCAUUCAAUGAGCUAUUGAGCAAUAAACACAGGAUAGUUUUGUAUUGGAAUUGAAACACCACGAUACAAGCGUUAACUCAUCUCAAAAUUAUUUUAUUCACUUUUAUUCACCGUUGACAUCGAUAGCUCAUUGGAUAGGAGGUAGGACAGUGGUCUAGAAAAAGGUAGCCUACGUACAUAGUGCAAGCUUAAAUUCAGCGUAGCCGGAAAAGACAAAUUUAAAUCGAAAUUGACAUUAAAAAAAAUAACUCAUAAUUACCAUUCGACAUUAUUUUUUUCUUGUGCAGACAACAUGUUACACCGUCGCAGUAGCGUUACAUUAUUUGUUCCUUGUUGCCUUUCACUGGAUGGCCGCAGAAGGUGUCAUAUUAUAUCUUGUCUUGGUCAAAGUGUUUCAAAGAAAGAGCGCUAGAAAGGACAAGAGAAUGUUUAUGAUCAUAUGCUGGGGUGAGUAA